AUGGAAAGACUUGGUGUGAUUGUGCGACAGGAAGAAGCGACAGAUUGGGUUAACUUGAUGGUCGUGGUUCAAAAGCCUAAUGGUGCAGUGAGACUGUGUAUUGAUCCGAGGGAUUUGAAUGCCGCCAUGAAAAGGUCCCACCAUCCGACGAAGACUGUGGAUGAAGUCGCCAGUCGUCUCGAAGGUGCUAAUAUCUUUAGCAUAUUGGAUGCGAAGAAUGGUUUCUGGCAACUGAAGCUGGAUGAAGAGUCUUCACUCCUUUGUACCUUCAACACACCAAUAGGACGGUACAGAUUUACAAGGCUACCUUUUGGGGUAAAAUGUACCCCAGAGAUCUUCCAGAGAACCAUGGAUAGAAUGGUUGAAGAUUUAGACGGUGUGGAGGUUAUUAUGGAUGAUGUAAUCGUCGCCGGGGAUGAAACAACGCAUGAUGAACGAUUGAACAAAUUCUUGGAGCGAGCAUCGACGCAAGGGUUAAAGCUCAAUCGAGAAAAAUGUAAGAUUCGCCAAAGAGAAGUGCCUUAUGUAGGGCAUCUCCUCACAGCAGGAGGCUUGAAGAUGGAUCCUCGGAAAGUUGAAGCUAUUUGA